AAUGAGUGAAAAAACUGAUCCUCUAAGGCCAGCCAAAUACCAGGAGCAGGAGGAAACAAUGUCUUGUUCACUCUCAUACUCAAACCAGUUGCCUUUCUUCUCUAAAAGGGCAUCCACCAAUCUCCUAUUUCCCAAUUUCACUACGUCUUCCCUUCAACUUGAUAGUGAUAAGCCAUGCCGAAGAAGAUUAAGGGCUCUGUUAUCCAUUCAAGAAAUCCCCCCCAAUGCCCUUCGCCGGAAGAAUGACCCACUGUGGAGAGGAGGGUUUAGUCUAGGGGUCGACUUGGGACUGUCUCGCUCUGGUGUUGCCCUUAGCAAAGGCUUUACCGUUCGCCCUCUCACGGUUUUGGAAUUGCGAGGACAAAAGCUUGAGCUUCGACUUCUUGAAAUUGCAGAAAACGAGGAGGUAGAUGAAUUCAUAAUUGGGCUUCCAAAAUCUUGGGAUGGUAAGGAAACUCCACAAUCCAACAAAGUUCGUAGUGUUGUUGGAAGGUUUGCUGUUCUAGCUGCUCACAGGGGUUGGAGAGUGUACCUACAAGAUGAACACGGUACAUCAACGGAAGCCACUAACCGAAUGAUUGACAUGGGCCUCAACAAGUCUACUCGGCAAAAGAAAGUCGAUGCCUAUGCUGCCGUGAUGGUUUUAGAGAGAUAUUUUUCCACGUUUGGGGAGGGAACUGAGCUUGUACUACCAAAACAAUCAGAUCUACAAGAAAAACUUCAAAGAGGUCCGCCAGCGGACACAGAUUUUUAUCCAGAAUAAUUUGAUGGUUCACAAUUAUUUUCUAAUGAAGGGGAUGAUUCAAUUCCUGCAAUCUGUAAUGCAUGAGUCUCACUUAGCAUAUGUAGAGGAGAAGAUUUUGUUGCAGUGAAAAAGUUGCUAUGCCCUUGACAUUUGAGAAUGCUUCAAGGCUUUUCUGUGCAUAUUUCUAUAUGAGAGAUUUUGAUUUUCCA